AUGUAUUUUGUUUCUGAACCGAAACAAUUUAACUUCAGUCCAAAACGAGAGGUUCGAACGCAAGGCGUCCGUUUGAGUCAAGAAAAAUUCCGCUGCACGCGCGAGCAUAACCCGGCACCACCUUUAAUGCUGAAAGAGCAAGAAAAUAUUUCACAGAUGAAUACUAUUUUCAAUAUGCAGAUGUUGUUGUCUAGUGAGAAAAUUAGGACAGUUACUUUAAAGUUGGAAGAAGGCUUCUUGCCUACAGAUUAUAUCAAAAGCUUGAGAAACAUUAAGCAGCCGAUGACUGUAGUUUUCAUAAAUUGCGAAAGAGACGUAAUUAUAAUGAAAAAUUUAUCAAAGGAACUCAAUCGCUAUGCAAUUAUAACUGUGGUCCUAUUUGUAAAAGCAUUUAAAUCUGCAUUAAUUCACACCUGCAUGAAUCCAGUUGGUAAUCCAUUCCUUCUAAGCGAAGGUGCUUCAUUUUUUGUAAAAUGUUAUGAAGACAUUGCAAUUCGAGAAUGGUACGCUUUAAAUGAAAAUCAAAUGACGAUUUACGAAAGGGUUAUUUGGGAACCAGCAAGAGGACUUGUGGUUCAAUCAAAAAAAUUGAUGCAAAGCGAUAAUGAUGUUCUGAAUGGAAAAGUUCUGCGCAUAGGAAGAUAUUCGAAAUCUGAUAAAUUCGAUAAAUAUAUCGACGAUUUAUGCUUUGCACUGAAAUUGGCUGGAAAUUUUACGAUUAAGAAUGUUAGAACAAAGGAAAAUUUUGGGGUUGGGUCAUGGAAUAAAACUAGCAAGUCAUGGACAGGUAGCAUGGGCCUAAUUGAAAGUCAUCAAGUCGAUAUUUUAGCAAAUGAAAUUCCACCAGAUGAAACACUUUUAAAGCUCGUUGAUUUAACUAUACCUUUACGAAAAGCCGAUACAUGCCUUUACAUCAGAAAGCCAUCACUUAAAAUAGAACUUGUGUGGUCUGGUUACUUCCAGCCGUUUACGUACAAAACAUGGUGCGCUUUGAUAGUAUCUCUUAUAGUCAUGGUGACUCUUCUUACCUUCUUGAGACUGAAAGUAGAAAAUAGCACAUAUCACGGCGUCAUUUCUGAAAAUUUUCUGCAGGUUUGGGGCUUUUACUGUCAGCAAGGAUUACCAGAAUUUCCGAAAGCUUCAGCUCUGCAGUUAUUUUAUUAUUCAACUUCUCUUUUUGGAUUCUUAAUUUUUGCUAUUUACUCGGCAGCCUUUGUAAGCGAACUGACUAUACUUCAGGAAAAGUUACCUUUCAAGUCGAGGGAAGAAUUUUUGAAAGAUAGAUCCCACAAGCUAGCAACUAUGGGUACUCUUUUUUACGAUAAUCGUUUUACAGAUCUAUUGACGGUGGCAAUGAGAAACAAGCUCAUAAAGAAAAGCCUAUCACCAAAAAGCGAACAAGAGGGUUUUGAUCUGAUUUGCAGUAAAAAUAUAGUACUUCUCAGUACUGACUUACUUGUCUCUCGGCUGUCUGCCAAUACAAAGAUACCGUGUAAGUUGGUUAAAGUUCACCUUCAAAGGCCCAUAUAUUUCUCUAUGGCCUUGCCUAAGAACAGCCCGUAUAAAAAGGCUAUUAAUUAUUGCAUCUUGAAACUAAUGGAAAGAGGGAUAUUGAAGCGCAUUCAGUCAGAUUUUCGAGAGAGAAGCGGCAGCGAAGUCUCCGCCGUAAAUGCACCUACUGAACAAGAGUUUCAUCCUGCAACCAUUUUUGAUGUAGCAUCACUUUUGGCGAUGCUUUGUGGAAGCGUGGGCUUGUCUAUCCUGAUAUUAUUUUUCGAGAAAGUUUAUUUAACAGUUCGUAAGAAAAAAUCUGUGAAGAUUUCAGCACGUUCUCGUAUUCGAGCCAUGCGAUACAGAAAAUUGAAUUAAGAUAUAAAAUAUUAGGACGUCUAUCAAAGGAAAAAUAUUUUGAUAUUUCUAACGCACCCACUUCGUGCAUUGUCUUCUA